AUUCUGGAGUCCAGAGCCACUGCCUUUGCUGCUGCCGCUGCUGCCACCUCUCCUGCUCUGCCUCUGAGCCUCCCUGCGACUGCUCCCCCACCCAGCUGCUCCUCCCACCUGACCAUGACCGCAGCACCCCCUGGGACGCCGGCCCAGCUCUGAGCCCUGGGACCCUCUCUCCUCCCCUGGGCCAUGGCCAACUCGGGCCUCCAGCUCCUGGGCUACUUCCUGGCCCUGGGCGGCUGGGUGGGCAUCAUCGCCAGCACGGCCCUGCCGCAGUGGAAGCAGUCCUCCUACGCGGGCGACGCCAUCAUCACCGCCGUGGGCCUCUACGAGGGGCUCUGGAUGUCCUGUGCCUCCCAGAGCACUGGCCAGGUGCAGUGCAAGCUCUAUGACUCGCUGCUCGCCCUGGACGGUCACAUCCAGUCCGCGAGAGCCCUGAUGGUGGUGGCUGUGCUCCUGGGCUUCGUGGCCAUGGUCCUAAGCGUCGUGGGCAUGAAAUGCACGCGGGUCGGAGACAGCAACCCCAUUGCCAAAAGCCGUGUGGCCAUCGCCGGGGGCGCCCUCUUCCUCCUGGCUGGCCUCUGCACUUUGACGGCUGUCUCCUGGUAUGCCACCCUGGUGACCCAGGAGUUCUUCAACCCGAGCACACCUGUCAAUGCCAGGUAUGAAUUUGGCCCCGCCCUGUUCGUGGGCUGGGCCUCGGCUGGCCUGGCCAUGCUGGGGGGCUCCUUCCUCUGCUGCACGUGCCCGGAGCCCGAGAGAGUCAACAACAGCCCGCAGCCCUACCGGCCCGGACCCUCCGCCGCUGCCCGCGAACCAGUUGUUAAAUUGCCCGCCUCCGCCAAGGGCCCCCUGGGUGUGUAAUGUCCAGUCCCCAGCCAGGCUCUGUCCCUCGCUGCACCUAGACUGUGUUUGGUAUUUUUUGGAAAGAGAAGUGAACAUUCAGCCCCA